AUGAUCAUACUAGUUGGUCUCUCAUACAAUCUGGUUACUUUAACCAUUCAGAUAAAUGACAAUGAAAAAUAAUUAUUAUAUAUAUAUAUAUGAUAUAUAACAUUAUUCUUUUAAGAUCUGUCUGUUGGUCUUGUGAAGCCCCAGAUAUGUCAAUCAACAAUGAGAGUAGCUGGUGAUAGGUUAACUGUAGAGACCCCUCCCUCUGGUCCUCCCUUACUUGGUGAUAGGUUAACUGUAGAGGCCCCUCCCUCUGGUCCUCUCUGUCUGUCUCCUUAUAGGUGGGUCCUGCAGCUUCUCCUCUUCUCACACUCCAACCCUGCUCAUCUCUCAGCUGGACAGUAAGGGCCGUUCACACCACACACUGACAACAUGCUGGGGACACUCUGCACUCUCAUCACUGCUCUAACAUGUAAGGAGUCUGACUUCCUUGAGGUUUUACUUCAUGUUUUAUUAAUAAUGAGUCUGUAUGUUUCUCUUUACUACAUGUAAUCUUCUUAUGUCCCAGGUGUCAGUGGUGUGACUGUGGUGACACAGAAGCCUCCUGUUGUGACGGUGAGGAAAGGAGACACGGCCACUAUGGACUGUAACCUGGGGACUGUUGAGAAUAAUGCUCGUUGGUAUAAACAGGUUCCAGGAGGAGUCCCUCAGUACAUGUUAAGUUGGUACCACAUUGUUUGGAGCUCUGUAAAUUAUGGCUCUGGUUUCUCCUCUCCUAAAUUCACAUCAAAUCAUCAGUCUAAAUCAGAUUAUCGUUUGAUUAUUAACAAUGUGGAGGAGUCCGACUCAGCAGUGUAUUACUGUCAGACACAUGAUGGCAAUAUGCGAGUAUCACAGUGAUAUACACCAUGACAAAAACCUCCUCACCAAAUACACUCACUUCUGCUUUAUGCGUGGCAGAGGGGUGAACUCUAAGAAACAGCAGUUGAAGUUGAUCAGUCAUUAUUAUAACAAUAUAUACAUGACACAAUGGGAGAUCUGGAAAUGGAAGAACCUUCCAUCUCUACAUGUCAAAAAGAGCAUAAGAAGACAUUGUCUGAAAGGAAACUGAUGUUGGCUCUCUUGGUAAAGGAAAGAAUGAAUGGGGCCAAGUAUCGUGAGAUUUUAAGUGAAAACCUCCUUCCAUCAGCAAGGGCAUUGAAGAUGAAACGUUGCUGGGUCUUUCAGCAUGACAAUGAUCCCAAACACACCGCCCGGGCAACGAAUGAGUGGCUUCGUAAGAAGCAUUUCAAGGUCCUGGAGUGGCCUAGCCAGUCUCCAGAUCUCAACCCCAUAGAAAAUCUUUGGAGGGGGUUGAAAGUCUGUGUUGCCCAGCGACAGCCACAAAACAUCACUGCUCUAGAGGAGAUCUGCAUGGAGGAAUGGGCCAAAAUACCAGCAACAGUGUGUGAAAACCUUGUGAAGACUUACAGAAAACGUUUGAACUGUGUCAUUGCCAACAAAGGGUAUAUAACAAAGUAUUGAGAAACUUUUGUUAUUGACCAAAUACUUAUUUUCCACCAUAAUUUGCAAAUAAAUUCAUUAAAAAUACUACAAUGUGGUUUUCUGGAGAAAAAAAAUAUCAUUUUUUCCUGAGUGGCGCAGUGGUCUAAGGCACUGCAUCGCAGUGCUAACUGUGCCACUAGAGAUCCUGGUUCGAAUCCAGGCUCUGUCGCAGCCGGCCGCGACCAGGAGACUCAUGGGCGGCGCACAAUUGGCCCAGCGUCGUCCAGGGUAGGGGAAGGAAUGGCCGGCAGGGAUGUAGCUCAGUUGAUAGAGCAUGGCGUUUGCAAUGCCAGGGUUGUGGGUUCGAUUCCCACGUGGGGCCAGUAUAAAAAAAAAAAAUGUAUUCACUAACUGUAAGUCGCGUCUGCUAAAUGACUAAAAUGUAAAUGUAAAUUUUGUCUGUCAUAGUUGACGUGUACCUAUGAUGAAAAUUACAGGCCUCUCUCAUCUUUUUAAGUGGGAGAACUUGCACAAUUGGUGGCUGACUAAAUACUUUUUUUCCCCACUGUAGAUAGUGCUUUAACUCAUGGAUUCAAAAGGACCAGACACCAACAGCAGAAUAUGAUGCUAUACCAUAUACUGUUACUUCAUAGAGAGAAACUCUAGAAAAGCCAGAGAUAUUUCUGGAGAGAGUGAAGCUCUGUCUGAAUGGGAUGUUUCAGUUCCUGUCCUCUCAGUAGUAAGAGUGAGGAGGUUUUUGUACGGCCGUGUAUACAAACUGAAACACUGUGGUAUUCGGACCAGGAACCAAGCUGAUUGUUACUGGUGAGUACCCUUCUAAUGUUUUAAUCUACAGAAUAUGCUUUGUUUCUAAUAUAAUAUUGGUCAGAGAUAUAUAUAUUUUUAUGUUUUAAUUCAUAAAAUGGAAUUUAUAUUAUAUAUUUACUGAUUUAAAGUUUUGCACCUGCUUUAAUCCUGUCUCGUAUGUUGUUCGUAAAUUAUUUAUAAAACAUUUUGAUGACAGUGUGAAUGCCUGCUAUGUUCAUGUUUUAUCAUGCAUGUCUUGUGUUUUUGUAGUCUAUAUAGAUCCAUUCAAAGGAGAUAUUUAAUCUCCAGAAAUGUUAUCCAGCUCAAUUUCUUAGACAAAUAUAUAUAUAUAUAUAUUUUUUUUUUAAUAUUCCAUUUGCUUGUGAAUUAUUUGUAUUUUAUAUUUACAAUGUGCACAUUUCAUUCAGCUUUUUCCAUUUUAGUCUUCCAGGACUGUGAUGUAAUAUUGUAAAUAAUGUAUCCAGAAAUUGCUCUGUCUCUCUGCUUAAUGGGGAAAUAACAUUUUUAACACUGGAUGAUUAUAAUUGUGAAUAUAAUGAACAGCAGUUCUAUAUUUAAUUGCUGCGUCAGUUUCCUCUUAAUGCAGGGUGUACUGGUAAUGAUACCAACAUCUACUGAAAUAUAAACUGUUAUCAAAUCUGUUCCCUUCUCAUCCCAUCCAUUGACUAUUUUCUAAUCUAGAUGGAGAUCUUUCUACACCUGCUGUGACCCUGUUCCCUCCAUCCACUGAAGACCUCAAGUCCAGCAGAGCAACACUAGUGUGUCUGGCCAGUAACCUGUCUCAGAGGUCCAAGGGGUUUGCAGAUGUCAGCUGGAUGUCUAACGGUGAAUCAGUGACAGAAGAUGUUUCUACCAGUCCUGCUGAGCAGCAACCAGACAAAACCUUCAAGAUCAGCAGCUAUCUGACCAUUCAGACUGCAGAGUGGGACAAGGACGUGGUGUUCACAUGUAAAGUGUCAUUGGGGUCAACAUUCUCUGAGAAAGAGAUCAGAAAGACUAUUUGCAGUCUGUAA